AUUCCCCUGUUGAAAUUGAAAAAACGAACACUGGUUGCCGUGUGCUUGACAAUUAAAUAUUAAUGUGCCGUUUUAUACAUUUUCAUCCGGUUUUAAAUUAUUAGAAAUAAAUUUACUCGAUGUGUUGAGAAGUGGUGGCUUUGGAUAGUACUAUAUUAUAUGAUACAUAUGACUCCUUCGUGGUUUGUCGGCGUUCUUGGUAACAAGCAGGCUCGGCAGGAAGCUAAGCUAACAUGCUAACCCAAAUGCAGACGUACGACCUUGAUGCUACGCUCUCGCUAUCGUGACGUCCCGAAAUCGGAAACGUACGGCAUUGAUGUAAUGAUUAUGAUGAUGUAAAGGCUGCUGAUGUCAACCAAUGCUCAGACAACUGCCUUACAAACGCGCCUACUCGUCGUGUCGCCGACAUCCACCUUGUGUGCCUCGAUCGAUUAGUCGGGUCUGCGCAUGUUUGGAGAAGCCACUGGAACAAAAUAUCGGAAAAGGGAACUGGUAUAACCUAAAAUGAUUGCCUUGGAAACCAACCUGGCUCAUGAGUUUUAAAGAUUCUUCGAGAUUUGAACCUUUUGGAGAACAUCUAAGCUUGAAAACGACGCGUUUGUUGUGGAAUCUCCAUUGAAAGAUGUCGCUCUACAGAGGCAUCGGUGGCGAUCAGUACAUGAGGAAAAGGAUACCAAAGAAUGCCAAGUAUCAGCACAUCAAAACGAAACUGGACACAGGAGUUAGCCUCACCAAGUAUUUGGAGCGCCUGGAGGAGAUUAAACAACACUACAAGUUCAAUAAAGGCGAAAUCUUCAAGCGUUUUAAAGUGACAACAUUCGCAGAGCUGGUACUUCAAGUAGCGUCAGUGUCGGACCUCAAUGAAUGUGUCAGCAGUGAUUCAUUUCACGGCCUUCACGAUGGCGGCAGCGGUGACUGCAGCGACAUGAUAAUGGCCAAAGUGAAGUCGGAUCACGCCAACGGCAUGUCGGACCCCAAGGAUGCAAUGCAGGAUCAGAAACACACUCAGACAGUGAGGUCCACAUUGCUAAGCGUAAUCAACGGCGUUGGCGAGCUGAACAUGAACAAUGACAAAAUACAGCCGUCCUGCGCUCACACAGACGUGGAGACUGAGAAGCCUUACCCGGAUUGUCCCUACCUGCUGCUGGACACGCGUGAGCGUGACCUCUACGACCAGUGCCACAUUAUCACAGCUCACAGCUUUCCCAUCGCAAUGCUAUCUCAGACCAUGAACCCCUAUACCAAGGAAGUGCUGGAAUAUAAAAACGCCAAGGAUAAGAUCAUCAUCGUGUACGACGAGGACGAGCGUAUCGCGAGCCAGGCGGCAACCAGCAUGUGCCAGCGAGGCUUCGAGAACCUCUUCCUGCUCAGCGGAGGUCUCAAAGUGGUCGCUCAGAAGUUCCCAGAGGGCAUGACGACGGGCCCCCUGCCUGCCUCCUGCUUGCCCGCCACCGUCCCGCCCAAGUGGAGAAAGUGCGCCCCGCCGCCGCCGCCGCCAUUGAUGCAGGUGGCGGGGCAAAGAUGGAGGUUCACUGCCGACGAGCUCGCCAGGAUCGAAAGCCAGCUGGAGAACAUCGCCAUGAUGGGCAGUAGUCGUACGUCCAGUCGCAUGUCAACGUGCAGCAGUUUGUCCAAAGCGUCCAGCGUCCGCAGCAACCGCCUGGCGUCCACCGCGUCCUCCGUGUCCUCCAGAGACAGCGGACGAGUUCAGAGGCCUUGGAAGUGACGACGUCGCUAACGAGCGCUCCGACAUGACCUCCCGAUCCCCCUCUGUCGUAGUAUUUCCUCCUUUCCUCACAUUUGAAUGUGUUUGCACACGAGUGUCUUUUGCACUCCCAAUGAAGGAGCCGUGGAUCAUGAUGAUGUUUUCUCUAUUUUUAUUAAUAUUUAAUGUGCAGAGCAAAAGCCGCACAAAUGCUGUAUUUUUGCAAAGCGCAUCACAACGCGUCUAAAUGAUCAUUGUUUACUGGGCGAUGUCUGUGUGUGUUUGUGUGUUGCAUCAUGGACGUCACUCAUAGGUCACGUGAUCAGAAGUGACUUUUUUUUUUUUCAUCUGACUUUUUAAAUAAAUGUUUGCUGCAAUUCUUAAGUGUGUGUGUUGAAAGUCCUCCAGGUUAAUAAAAUGAUUGGUUAAACUAAUAAAUAUUACUUUAACAUGUUUGUGUUGUUGUACUUGUGCACUGGUUGUACAACUGUUACCCAAGUAUACAAAACUACCUUUUUAUCUUUCUUUAGACUUACCUUUUUAAAAUUUCUGUCAAAUUU